UACUGACAAGUACCCAUUACGGUGACCAGGUUAGAAAACUGUAUCGAAACAACUUACACUAAUGUAAAUUUAAAUUUCUUUGUUUCAAAUGGAUCCAAAUUCUUUGAUAAAACAAAUAAGAUAAUAUAGCAAAAGCAUGCCACAACAAGAAUCGGAACUGUUCUCGGGAAACGAUGCGGACACUACGGCACUGUUAACAUCUCAAAGUGAAACAGAUUCAGGUCACGUGAGGAGUUAUGUCACUUCUAAAACAGAUCGUCAGUUUAAAUUCGAAGACAGGACUACUAGCGAUGACGUUGUAUAUGAUAUCCAUACAGCCUCCGGAAGUCAUGUUGUCGUGAAAUCUGGAGAAAUUCCUGUUGAUGUUGUCGGGGCUACCACGACGAAUACAGAAUGUCUUAUGCAUCUAUUGAAAGGAAAUACGGGUGUAGGAAUAUUAGCACUUCCAGUUGCAUACAAAAACGGUGGAUUAUGGCUCAGCCUGGGAGUGGUGACUCUUAUAGGAAUCAUCUGUACUCACUGUAUGCACAUACUCGUUCUAUCAGGAAACGAACUUCGUAAAAGAACAAAGAGCCAACAUCUAGACUAUGCAAGCGUAAUGGAAACAGCUUUUAAAACAAGGAAGGAUUGGCUAAGGAACUGGAGCAGAUUUGCACGGAGGAUGGUGAAUAUCUUUCUGGUAACCACACAACUUGGAUUCUGUUGUACAUAUACAGUUUUCAUCGCUGAAAAUGUAAGACAGGUUGUACAAUACGCAGCACCAAUAUUACUAGACACGAAACUGUACAUCGUCAUGGUAACAGCGAUGCUGGUUCCCUACUCAAUGGUGAAAAGCCUGAAAAUUCUGGCACCAUUUUCAGCUAUUGCAAACGUGCUUAAUUUGUUUGGAUUUAUACUGGUUUUUGUGAACUUAUGGCAGGACCUUCCAGAUACCAGGACCCGACCUUCUGUGGCUAAAGCAGGGGAUAUACCGCUUUUCUUUGGACAAGUUUUGUUUGCAUUUGAAGGUAUCGGAUUGGUUUUGCCACUUUAUAAGAAAAUGAAAGAGCAAGAUGCGUUUCUUGGAAAGGCUGGAGUACUUAAUCUCGGACUGACUAUAGUUAUAGCCCUUGAUAAUGCUGUUGGUUUCUAUGGUUACCUGAAAUAUGGAAAUGAAACAAAGGGCAGCAUAACACUCAACUUACCGAAUGAUCAGUGGCUGUACCUCUCCGUCAAGUUGAUUUUUGCAUCUUCUGUAUUUCUUACAUACGGAAUACAGUUUUAUGUACCAAUAGAAAUCAUCUGGCAUUUUGUUGACAAAAAGAGAAAAAUUGGUUCAACAUCAAUACCAGCGUAUACAGAAUACUUCAUCAGACUGUUCCUAGUUCUUUUAAUAUGUGGACUAUCAACACUGGUACCACACCUAGAUUUACUUAUCGCUCUGAUAGGAGCUUGUGAAAGCUCCUUCAUUGCACUCAUACUUCCGGCUGUUAUAGAACUUAUCACGUUUGACUGCAGUAAGACAGUUUAUAUGAAAAACGGAUUUAUAAUUAUCCUAGGACUGGUUGGCUGUGUAACAGGAACAUAUUCAUCUAUUGUAGAGAUAUACAAAACAUUCUGACAGCCAAGUUAGAUUUUUGACGGUAACAGCUUCAGUUAAAUCAAAUGUUUGAUAGGCAGUGUAAUUCUGUAGGGAUAAUACACGUUUUUUUUGUGUAUUAACGUCUGCAGAAGCCCGCGGGAUUGUUUGUGACCGAGACCGAAGGUCGAGGUCACAAACAUAAGCUAUCCCAAGGGCUUCUGCAGGCGUUAAUACACAAAACAAACGUGUAUUGUCGCUAUUCUUGCAUAAAAAAACAUUACACGACGACUAAAUGCAUUGUUUUCAUAUGUGAUGACUUGACGAUUCCGGUACAUUUUUUAUUUACCAUUCUUGUUGUUCUUGGAAACGGUAAACAUGUUUUAAAUAUCCAUAACC